UUGGCCAUUUCAAUUGAUUUGUUUAUCACCGUAUACACAUUUAGUUUAAUGAAAACCAUCGGCGUAGUAGUUAUGAAUUUCACUGUGAUCUCCGUGAUUAUUUUAGCUUUGGUCUACAUUCACGGGUCAUCAUCGGUAGCGCCGCCUUCGUCGUCUACGUCUUCAUUAACGGCUACGGUUUCGCUUAAUCUGCCGGGUCAAGGUACAAUACAAGGCGACUUUGAUACAACGUCAUGGAGUAAUCAGAAAUUCAUGCGCUUUUUGGGUAUUCCAUACGCUGAGUCACCCACUAAGGAUUUACGUUUCAAGCAUGCUGUUAAGCGUCUACCCUGGCGGCAUAUCUUAGAUGCCACGAACUAUGGACGACGGUGUCCGGUUAUAACAACUAUUAAUGAGGUUAAUGAGGCUGAACUUAAGCAGGAUUUAGAAGAUUGUCUGAAUUUAUGCGUUUAUACAAAAAAUAUUACUGCCCUUCAACCGGUUAUGUUUUAUAUAUACGGCGGAGGCUUCUAUAAUGGUUCCAACAUCGAUCACCCUCCAAACUUUUUGCUGGAGAAAGACAUUGUCUUAGUAGUGCCUAAUUAUCGUAUAGGUGCUUUGGGUUGGCUUUCUACUAGAAGCAAAGAGAUGCCUGGCAAUGCACCUGUAAGUGAUUUAUACGCCGCCCUCAAAUGGGUUCAGGACUAUAUACAUAUUUUUGGAGGUGAUGCCAAACAAGUAACCAUAUUUGGACAAAGCGCCGGAACAGCAAUGUCUGGAUCCUUAUUACUUAGCCCCAGAACUCCUGGUCAUUUUUUUCAGCGUUCCAUACAACAAUCUGGUUCGAUUCUUGCUUCUUGGGGUAUAAAUCAUAAGCCUAUGGAACAAGUGCAACGUAUUUGCAAAGCUGUAAAAUGUACAUCAUGCGAAACUAACAACGGACUGUAUCAAUGCUUGAGAAAUGUUCCAGUCACCACUCUACUAAAAGCAACACAAGAGGAAUCAUUUGCUCCCAUUGUUGAUGACUUUUAUAAAAUCUUGCCUAAAGAGCCUGCUGAAUUAAUUAAGGAUUUCAAUAGGUCUAUACCCUUAAUGGCGGGCUUCACCAAGCACGACGGCUCAUUUGUAUUGGCAUCGGUCUACGACGGAUUAAAAGCGGCAGUAGGUAACUUUAGUCACAUUAACGUACGAAAAUUAGCCACAACAAUUUUGGCCUUGGCAAAGGACAAUACAGGACUUGCAGAAAAUGUUCUUUUGCGAAUGUUAUUUUCUUCUGAUUUGCUGUACAGUACGGAUCACAAAAAAGCUUUACCUGCAUAUUUUGAUCUAUCAAACAUUCUUGCCAUGAAAUCUCCUGUUAUAACAUUUGCCAGAAAAAUGCAUGAAAAAUCCUUGGCUCCGGUUUACUUAUAUACCUUCGAUUAUGAAGGGUCUAACACACGUUUUGGUUACGAAUUUGGCAAUGAGCACUAUCCCUUCGAAGGUGGAGUACAUCAUUCAAAUGAUAACCUCUACCUAUUUUCCACGCAUAAGCUAAACAAAGCAGACAGCGAGGUGGCCAAGAAUAUGGUUGAACUGUGGACAUCAUUUGCUACAUCUGGUAAACCUAGCCUGGGUAAUAUUUUAGAUAUACUUCCAAUGUCUUCGGAGGAUGGACCGUAUUUCCACAUUAAUGCGACGUUAACAAUGGAUUUUGAUGUUCUCAAAGAACUUACCUCGACAGUUGAUGAUCCAGAGAAUUAUAAACUGGAUAGACCCGAUAUAGAAUUUUAAAUUCAAUAUGUACGAAUUAGUCAUCCAGGCUUUAGAUAUUACAUAUAAUAAUUUAUAAACUUUA